AUGCUCAACAAGCACAACAAGCCCCCGAAACGUCACACCUCGGCCGCCGACAAGAAACUCGGCCACCACCUCGCCCACCUCUCGUCGACCGCCCAAGCCGCCGCCACCCACGCCUUUGAGCACGACGACCUCCUCCUCCCCAACGACAAUGCCGGCGCAAUGCAGGCCGAGACCGACCUCGAGCGCACGUGGCGCGUCACCCAGCGCGACAUCCUCGCCGACAGCGCGCUCGCCGCCCAAGGUGCCGCCCUCUCGCUCGACCUGCCCGAGUUCGGCCCGUACGCCCUCGACUACACGCGCAACGGCCGUCACCUCGCCCUCGCCGGCCGCCUCGGCCACGUCGCCACGUUCGACGCCCUCUCGUCGUCGCUCCACUCCGAGCUCCACCUGCGCGAGACGGUGCGCGACGUCAAGUGGCUCCACGACGAGUCGUUCUGCGCCGUCGCCCAAAAGAAGUACGUCUACAUCUACGACAAGCAGGGGCUCGAGGUCCACCAGCUCCGCCAGCACAUCGAGGUCAACCGCAUGGAGUUCCUCCCCUUCCACUUCCUCCUCGCCACCAUCGGCAACCCGGGCUACCUCAAGUACCAGGACACGUCGACCGGCCAGCUCCUCGUCGAGCACCGCACCAAGCUCGGCGCCGUCGACACGAUGGCCCAGAACCCGCACUCGGCCAUGAUCCACCUCGGACAUAGCAACGGCACCGUCACGCUGUGGUCGCCCUCGGUCUCGCACGCCCAGGUCAAGCUCCUCGCCCACACGUCGCCCUUGACGUCCGUCUCGGUCGACCCGUCGACGCUCGGGCAGCGCAUGGCGACGACGGCGCUCGACGGCAGCGUCAAGAUCUGGGACACGCGCAUGUGGCGACCUUUGAACGAGUACGGCCUCAAGAAGACGCCGAGAGCGACGGCGUGGAGUCAGAAGGGCAUGCUCGCUGUCGGCUGGGGCAACCACGUCUCGGUGUUCAACGACCUCACUCGCCCUUCCGCAUCCCCUCGAGCUCCUCCUCCGCCCUACCUCACCCACACGUUCCCCUCGACGCCCGUCUACCGCCUCGCGUUCCAGCCCUUUACCGACCAGCUCGGCGUCGGCCACGCCAAGGGCCUCGCGACGCUCGCCGUGCCCGGCGCCGGCGAGGCCAACCUCGACUCGCGCGCCGCCAACCCGUACGAGACCAAGCGCGGCCGGCGCGAGCGCGAGGUGCACGCCCUCCUCGACAAGAUCCCGGCCGACCUCAUCACGCUCGACCCGGACGCGCUCGGCCGCGUCGACAAGAAGGUCCUGCGCGCCGUCGACGACGAGAACCCGCACAAGCCGGGCUACAAGCCGACGCCGUUCGCCAAGCGCACGCGCGCCGAGCGACUCGCGCUCACGGGCGCGCACGCGGCCGACGAGGACGAGGACAGCGCGAGCGAGGACGACGACGAUGUCGAGGGCGUGCGGCGGCAGGAGCGCGCGCAGCGCCGCAUCGACAAGAGCGACGACAAGAAGCGCAUGAGGGGCAAGUCGAGCGGCAUCAAGAAGGCGCUGCGCAAGCGCAGGCGCAACGUCAUCGACCCGCAGACGGUCGCGCUCAAGGAGAAGCUCGAGCGGCAGCGUACGGCGAGCCAAAAGGCCAAGGCGGCGAGGGCGGCGGCCGCGGCGGGAGCAGCAGGGACCAGUGGGGCACUCGAUCGGUUUGGCGGCGGCAAGUAG